AUGGAGAACAUCCAGGUUGUAGUUAGAAUUAGGCCAUCAAAUGGUUAAGAGAAAGACAACAAUGACCUCGAAAUUUGGUCUGUUAAUAAUCAAGACACCAUCACAAUUUCCAAUGAUAGAUUUAAUGAUUUAGUCAGAAUGCGUAAAUUUGUGCCAGGACAAAGAGUAGAGUUUACCUUCAGUAAUAUAAUCAAUCGAAUAUUAAUAGAUUAAUGUUUUGAUCCUAAACACACCACCAAAUUCAUUUACUAGUAAUAGAUCCAAAGAAUUACAUUAUCGUCAUUGUAAGGUAUAAAUGGGACAGUGUUUAUGUAUGGUCAAACAGGAAGUGGUAAGACUUACACAAUGAUGGGGUACGAUUAAGAAGAGGGCAUUUUGAAGUAAGCACUCAAAGAUCUUUUCGGAGAAAUCGAAAAACAACAAGACAAACAGUUUUUCUUAAGAUGCAGCUAUGUCGAAAUUUACACAGAUUAAGUUUAUGAUUUGCUAUCUACUCAAGAGAGAUUGAGUGAAACUUUGUUAAUAAAUGAGGAUUUCAAUAGAGAAUUUGUAAUUAAAGGAGCUAUUGAAGAAGCCGUGACUACAAUAGAUGAAAUCAUGGAUAUUCUUCAGUUUGGAGAAAGUAACAGACAUUAUGCAUCCACUGUCAUGAAUCAUUGCAGUAGUAGAUCUCAUACAAUAUUCAGACUGUAUGUUAGAUGUGUCCCUAAUACAAUUGGACCAAACUCAGUGAUAACUGAAUCUAUUCUUAAUUUUGUUGAUUUGGCAGGUUCAGAAAAAAUUAAUAUUCAUGAUUCAAUGCUUAAAAAAAGAGGAACUUCUGCAGGAGGGAGUGGUACUCAAUAUAAGGAUAGAUAAAAUGAAUCCAAACACAUCAAUAAAAGUCUGUUCUUUUUAACUUAAGUAAUAUCUCUAAGGGCUUAAGGAAGAAAGUAAAAACUUUACAAUAUUUAGUGAUCAACAUAUCCCAUAUAGAAAUUCGCCUUUAACAAAGAUAUUGAGAUCAUCUUUAGGAGGUAACUCUAGAACAGCCAUUAUACUUUGCGUUAAUCCUUGUUAUAGUUAAUUUGAAUAAACAGUGUCUACUUUAAGGUUUGGGACAAAUGCAAAGAAAAUAGAAAACAAUGUAUCAAAGAAUAUAGUAGGCUUUGAUAAUGAUGAAAGUUUGAAUAGGGUGAUAAAAGAUUAUGAGACAAAAAUUGAAGAAUUACAAAAAGCAAGAGUCGAUGAUAAGUAACAACAAGAAAUGAUGCUCAAAAUAAUAGAAAAACUUGAAGAACAAAGAAAAAUAUUCAAAUCCUAAUUCAAUACUUCAGAUCAUAUCUAAGCAAUGAUUAACAAGGAUGUACCAUAUUAAUGGACUCAUUUACACUAUCAUGGAGUGGGAGUGUUAUGGGUUCCUGAAAAAGGAGGCAGAGAUAUUGAAGUCAAAUAGGAUAUAAUUGAUUCAUUUGGAAUGAUCAAGAAAUACUAAAAUUUGGAAGAAGAAUUCAUCAUAUUGAAAUCAGAAAAAUAAACACUUGAAUCCCAAUUGAAUGAAAUCAAAUAGAAACAACAGGAAGUCAUCAUCCAAACUAAAAAGAGAUAUGCAAAUCAAAAGGCUAAAACUAGAAAGUAUAAAUAACUCAGCAAAGAUCUCUAGGAUGAAAGAAAUAAACUAUAAAAAAUCGCAUUGUGUUAUCAUAAUAUGAUUGAUGUUGAUGAGAUGAUGUUGUUGAAUAACGAAACCUUAGAUCAAAUGUUAGAUAAUAUUUAAACAAUGAUGCAGAACAUAUACAAAGUCAAAUUAAGAAAAGAAAUGAAACUAAAAGGCGAAAAUGUGGACACCUUAAAAUUAAAAUCUUCGAGACCUAUCAAAUACCCCAAAUACUUAUUUGACACUUCAGCCAUUAAUGUUUAGUUCUGGGAUGUUAAUGAGAAUAAGAAGACUGAAGAGAGCAGUAAAAGUGAAAUUGAAUCCUUUCAAAGCUACUUCUAAUCUCAAUUAAAUCAAAGUAGCCCAACAUACACCGAUAUGCAAAGCAGUAUUCAAUAAUUUAAAGAACCCUUCAAGCACAUAUGUUCUCAUGAAAAAAAUGGACCCAAUAAGUCUGGGAAAGAGAAUUUCGAACCUUCAUUCAAAAAGAAUCAAAGUAUGGAAAUAGCUGAUGAAUUAAAUUUCCGUAGUUAUUUUAGAUGA